UUGAUAGCUGCAGCUGUUGACACUUGCCUUAUUUAGUUUAAUAUUUAUUAUUUUUAAAUAUUGUAAUUUGCAUGUGAAAAUGAUCAAUUGGUAUUAAAUACAAUUUUCACAUUUAUUUCGAAAUAAUGGGAUUAAGUUUGAUAAAUGUAAUAUCAAGAUACAGUUUACGGAAUGUCAGACCAAAAGGGUUUCACAGUUAUUAUGGAAAAACAAAUGAAAUUAAAUGCGUUAGGUCUAUGAGUAGUUUUAUGCGAAAAUCACCAAUAGAUACAUUUAAGAAACUAAAUAUAAUAAAAAAAGAAAUUGGUGCUGCAAAUAAAAUUUUUAGCAGGUAUAACCAUUUUAACAAAAAUGACAAAGAUGGAAAAAAACCUGAUGACCCGAUGAAUCCUAUAAUGAUGAAAGUUAUCAUGGGAGUCCUUUCAACUUAUAUUAUGCUAUAUUGCCUUAGUUUAUUACUGCCUAAUCCUUCGAAUCCUGAGGAUAUGCGGUAUAUAUCAUGGAAUGAAUUUGUCCACUUAAUGUUAGCAAAAGGUGAAGUAGAGGAAAUAAUAGCUCAUCCUGAUUUGGAUAUUGUUACUAUUCGAUUACACGAAGGAGCUGUAAUUAAAGGACGCAAAAUAGACCAAAGAACCUUUCAUAUGAAUAUAGCUGAUUUAGAUAGAUUUGAACAAAAAUUAAGAGAUGCUGAAAACAAAUUAGGAAUAAAACCUGGGCAUGGAGUUCCUGUUGUAUAUGAUCGAUCAUUGAAUGCUCCAGAAUUUAUUUUAUUUGUAGUUUUGGCUGGUUUACUUGCAAUGGCCUAUUUUAGUCGUUCAAAAGGUGGAAAGUCUCCAAUUAACUUGGAUAUUUUUUCUCAAAUUAAGAGAGCAAAGUAUACAUUAGUUGACCCGUUAAUUGGUCAAGGUAAAGGAGUUCGAUUUAAGGAUGUUGCUGGUCUUAAAGAAGCUAAACAAGAAGUAAUGGAGUUUGUUGAUUACUUAAAGCGUCCAGAACACUAUAAGAAUUUAGGUGCAAAGGUUCCUAAAGGAGCUUUACUUUUAGGACCACCAGGUUGUGGUAAAACAAUGCUCGCUAAAGCCGUAGCCACUGAAUCUAACGUUCCGUUUUUGUCUAUGAAUGGUUCUGAAUUUAUUGAAAUGAUUGGAGGACUUGGAGCUGCUCGAGUACGAGACUUGUUUAAAGAAGGAAGAAAAAGAUCUCCAUGCAUUAUUUAUAUAGACGAAAUUGAUGCUAUAGGUCGUAAAAGGUCAUCUAGAGGUCCAUCGGGAGGAGGCGAUGAGAGUGAACAAACAUUAAAUCAAUUGUUAGUUGAAAUGGAUGGGAUAGGCUCAAAAGAAGGUGUUUUGAUGUUAGCUUCAACAAACCGAGCAGAUAUACUAGAUAAGGCCCUCCUGAGACCUGGACGUUUUGACCGUCAUAUUCUCAUAGAUCUUCCUACAUUGGAAGAACGUAAAGAGAUAUUUGAACAACACCUCAAAAUUAAAUUAGAUAAAGAUCCAAAGAGUUACUCAGAGAAAAUGGCUCAUUUAACUCCUGGUUUUAGUGGUGCCGACAUUGCUAAUGUUUGUAAUGAAGCAGCAUUGCAUGCUGCAAGAAAUAAUCAGAAGGUAGUAGUCGAAAAUGAUUUAGACUAUGCAGUUGAACGAGUAGUUGGAGGUGCUGAAAAAAGAUCUCAUGCUAUUUCUCCAAAUGAAAAAGAAAUAGUUGCCUACCAUGAAGCAGGUCAUGCUCUUAUCGGGUGGCUGUUGCCAACUACUGAUGCUUUACUUAAAGUUACUAUUGUUCCAAGAACAAACGCCACCUUAGGAUUUGCUCAGUACACACCAACAGAGAGAUAUUUGCUAUCAAAACAAGUUUUAUUUGAAAAAAUGUGCGUGGGACUUGGUGGCAGAGUGGCUGAGUCUAUAGUAUUUAACAGUAUAACAACAGGAGCACAAAAUGAUUUAGAUAAAGUUACCAAAAUUGCUAAUGCUCAAAUACGGCAGUACGGAAUGAAUAGUAAUGUUGGCUUGUUGUCAUUCCCGGAAAUUACAAAAGAUAGUCGUCGACCGUAUAGCAAUAAAUUAGCAGCACUUAUGGAAACUGAAGUGUCCCAAUUAGUAGCCAAAGCUUAUUUUAAAACAGAAAGUUUACUUAAAGAAAAUUACGACAAACUUAAAUUGAUUGCCGAAGAAUUAUUACGUAAAGAAUCAUUAAAUUAUGAUGAAAUGGUAAAACUUAUUGGACCACCUAAUGGAGAAAAACGCAUUGUAGAAUUAUAUGAAUUUAACGCUCCAGUUAAUACUAAUAAUAUAAAUUCUAAAAAGAAAUAAAUACACUAAAUUAUCUUAGUUGCUAGUCUUUAAAUUGUUUGUGUUAAAUUUCUAAUGUUUAAUAUAAUUUAUAAAAUGCUUUCCUUGCCUA